ACUCACACGUUGUCAAUCCCCCCACUGCAUAAUACGUAAUAGAGAUGGAAGAGAGAAGGGCUGUGCUAGACUACUGGUACGUACACGCAUUCUCUCUCCCGGAGAGCUUGAGAAAGAGAGAGUGAGAUCCAUGGCGACCUACCGUCCGGACAGCAACACCCUCCUGGCGGACGACUCGAUCCUGGAGUACGUGCUGGAGACGACGGUGUACCCGCGGGAGCAGGAGCGCCUGCGCGAGCUCCGCCUCAUCACGCAGCAGCACGCCAAGUCCUUCAUGGGGUCGUCGCCGGACCAGAUGCAGUUCUUCUCCGUCCUGCUCAAGAUGAUCGGCGCCAGCAACACAAUCGAGGUCGGCGUGUUCACCGGAUACUCACUGCUCACCACCGCUCUCGCCCUCCCCGCCGGCGGCAAGGUGGUGGCGAUCGAUGCGAGCCGGGAGUACUACGAGCUGGGGCGGCCGGUGAUCGAGAAGGCCGGCGUCGCGCACAAGGUGGACUUCCGCGAGGGCGACGGGGUCGCCGAGCUCGACAAGAUCCUGUCCGAGGACGGCGGCGCCAGGGCCGGCACGUUCGACUUCGCGUACGCGGACGCGGACAAGCUGCAGUACGCGGGGUACCACGAGCGGCUGCUGCGCCUGGUGCGCGUCGGCGGCGCCAUCGCCUACGACAACACGCUCUGGGGCGGCUCCGUGGCCAUGCCCCGCGACAAACCGGGCAGCUCCGAAUACGACCGCCGGGUGCGGGACAGCUUCCUUGAGUUCAACGCCGCCGUCGCCGCAGACGACCGCGUCGAGGCCUGCAUCGUCCCCAUCGCCGACGGCGUCACGCUGUGCCGCCGCGUCAAAUGAAGUGCUCCGCUCUAAUCAUCGAUCGAGUCAGAUCUCAGAUGCAUCUGCGAGUCGUGUCAUUUCGUGACAAUGAUGUCCUACCUGGUUUCUCACCGUUCUGUCGACUUGUGGAAUCGGGUGAGCUUAUCUUUUGAAAUUUCUGGCAUCCAUCACGUGAACGUUUAUUGCUUUCGA